AUGCAGCUGGCCGUUUCAACCGUUUGCCGUCUCCUCGGCGUUUUUCACCCUGCAUCCAGCAUACGUUUUCUUGCAGCCGACGCACUGUCCCACGGAAACAGUGGCGGACAGGACCGGCCAUUGACUGCUCCACUGAUCCCCAGAGCCGUCACAUCGCAACCGCACUCUAAUUCAGACGCGACUGGAACUUGCCUUCUCCUGAGGACUGGCAAGCAAUCUGGGCUCGACCUCCUCUCUCGAGAAAGGCAGCCCAAAAUCAAGAGCAUGAAACCUCGCGAACAUUGCACGAUGUUUGGAGAUCUGCAAUACCACACCAGUGACAGGUCUGAUGCUACUGCCUUUGCUGGACCAUGGCGUUUGAGGUCCGGCAAAAGUCUUCAGGGGCAACGCCAGUUUGGCAAACUUGCAUUUACCCUGCUCUUGACCUGGCACAUCAAGCUCCAUACCAUAAGCUUUAUCCUUUCGUUCGGGUCUAAACCCUACGUGCCUCCGGCUUCACGUCAGGGAAGGGCUGAGCAGCAACAAAGACCCGGUUAA